AUGUGGAAGUUUACUAGAUGUAAGGCUUGAAGAUCUUUCUCAGUGGUGAAUGGGUGAUCGGAAGGGAGAGAAUUUAUUCAUAAUCUUAAGCAAGGAUAUUACAAACAAAUUUCUGUACUUACUGGAGCUGGUCUUAGCACGGAUGCUGGAAUUCCAGACUACAGAUCUCCAGACACAGGACUUUACAGUAUCUUAGAGAAAGAGUAUGGGAUGAAAUCGCCCACUGACAUUUUCCAGCUUUCUAUUUUCUACAGAAAUCCUCAAUUAUUUUACGGCUAUCUCAAGAAGAUCAACUUUGAUAUGUUUCAUCCUACAUUAUCUCAUUACUUUAUUGGAUUCCUCGAAGCAAAAGGAAUUCUUUGUGUAAACUUUACCCAAAAUAUUGAUGGUCUUGAGCUCAGAGCAGGCAUCUCAAGAGAGAAACUUGUAACUGCUCAUGGUGAUGUCACCAGAGCUCAUUGCCCUAGCUGAGACAAAGAAUAUGAUAUUGAAGAGCUUAAACGGAAAGCAAUGAAUGAUCAAAUAAUGUAUUGUGACACUUGUCCUGAUGUACCAAUCAAGCCAAGAAUAGUUUUCUUUGGGGAGAUGCUUCCUGAUGAGUUCCAUGAGAAAUCUUCUUUAUUGUCUGAAAAGUCAGACUGUGGACUGAUCAUUGGAACUUCACUACAAGUUGCUCCAUUCAAUGGUUUGCCAAUAUUGUACCCUACUAUAACUCAAUUGGUAGUUAUCAACAAUGAGCCAUUAGAUCACAUUCCUAGGACCAGUGCCAGUAGCUUGUAUUAUAAAGGAAAUUGAGAUUCUAUAGUUCAAGAAAUCAUAAAAGAAUGUGAAUGGGAGAAAGACUUUAAUGAUUUCAGAGAAAGCAUUGAUUCCUAA